CUUCAACCAUGACUCUAGAUUCAUACUCUAUUGAGGUGAUAUCCAAGUUUAAACAGGCGCUUGCCGAUAAAGAGAGUAUACUGGAUGGACUCCAUCCAAAAGUGGUGGAAUACGAUGGAGAAACUCAUUUGGUCUUAACCAAUGAAGUAAUUGAAAAAUCAACUAGAGAAAAUAAAAGAAAAUGGUCGGACUACUAUAAUAGUAAUAAAAGGAAAAAAAUCGAUCAAGAAGAAAGCGAAGAAGAAAUUAGUGAGUCAGAAUCAGAAAUUGAUGAAAACCCAUUAAAAGAUUUAAAAUUAGCUGAAAUUCUUACUCCGUUAUCUCAUCCUCUGGAGAUUAUCAGCCAUCCAGCAAUCCUGAAAAUAUUUAAAUCAAACACUUAUAAUAAAUUAUCAAAAGAAUUAAUUGAUUUAAUUGAAAUCGAACAAAAUAAUUUAAAUUGGCUUAAUAAAUUAUUACAAGUUUUAAAUGGUGAAGAUUGGUUUUAUCUUUUAGAAGAUCAAUUAGGUUUAAAUCAGUACGAUCAUGGCUUAACCGAUGAAAAAAUUGACGAAAUUGAUCCAAAUAAAAGAAUUACUAGAAAUGACGAUUCUUCCACCGAUUCAAAUAGUCAAGAUCCCUUCUUUGCUUUACCUAAAACUUUGAAAACUUAUGAAUCUCACCAAAAUCAAUCAAUUGAUGACGAAAAUGAUGAUUUAUCCAAUAUCAAAGAAGAUUUAAUUAAUUACCUACAAGUUGGUAUCCAACGUCAACACGAAUACAUCAAAACUUUAUCUCAAAUUAGAAAUGGUCUUGUUAAAGUUGAUCGUUAUAGACAAGAUUUAUUUAAAUGGGGUAAAGAAAUGCAUGAUAAAAAAAGUAGUUAA